GAUAAGCCUCGAGCACGCUGCAGAGAGCAGAGCAGCAAUCGACACACGACCUUCCAAGUCAAAACAUCCACUCCCACAAACCGUCAAUAUGCGCCCCUUAACAGAUGAAGAAAUGAAGACGGUGUUGGACAAGCUAGCCAACUACAUGUCCGACCUCAAGAGUCUGAUCGCGCCCCUCGAAGACGGCGACCGCUACGUCUUCCGACUGAACCACUCGCGCGUCUACUACGUCAAGCUCUCGAUCGCCAACCUCGCCACCAGCAUCAGCCGCGACGCCCUCCUCAGCCUCGGCACCUGCCUCGGCAAGGUGACCAAGACGGGCAAGUUCCGUCUGCACAUCACGGCGCUGCCCAUCAUCGCGGCGGGCGCCCGCCACAAGAUCUGGGUCAAGGACAACGGAGCCCAGCCGUUUCUCUACGGGUCGAACGUGGUCAAGGCGCAUGUCGGCCGGUGGUCGGAGGACUGCCCUGAGCAUCAAGGGUGCGUGGUGUACAGCAUGGCGGAUGUGCCGCUUGGGUUUGGCGUGACUGCGAGGAGUACGGCCGAGGUGAGGCGGUUGGACCCUACGGGUGUCGUGUGUUUCCGGCAAUCGGACUGUGGAGAAUACCUCCGUGAUGAGGACACCCUCUUUGCCGGUUAAUGGAGUGGGUGUUAAGCGGUGGUAUGGUUAGUAAAAAUACACGGCGUCAGGCGUUUUGAGGGUCUUUAGAUUCCCAUGCGAGACGGGUGGGCACUGGACGGAAUGACAGAAGACAAAAACAUGACUUGAAUGUGAUUUCAGUCAGCUAUACGAAGAUACCAAGGAAAAGAUCUAUUUUUGUCUA